AUGAAAAACGGUUACGGGAUGAACAAUGGUUAUGGAAUGAACAAUGGCUAUGGAAUGAAUAAUGGCGGACGUUACAAGCGUGCUGCCUAUGGUAUGGGAGGAGGCAUGGGAGGAAUGGGCGGUAUGCCUGGUAUGGGAAUGGGCGGUAAAGCAGGCAUGGGCGGAGGAAUGGGUAGUAUGUCCCGUCGGCGAAUGGGUGGUAUGGGUGGUAUGAUGGGCGGUAUGCCCGGUAUGGGAAUGGGCGUUAUGGGCGGUAUGAUGGGCGGUAAAGGAGGAAUGGGCGGAGUAAGGGGCGGUAUGCCUGGUAUGGGAAUGGGCGGUAUGUGUGGUAUGAUGGGCGGUAAAGGAGGAAUGGGCGGAGUAAGGGGCGGUAUGCCUGGUAUGGGUGAAAUGGGAAUGGGCGGUAAAGGAGGAAUGGGCGGAGGAGUGGGCGGUAUGCCUGGUAUGGGAAUGGGCGGUAAAGCAGGCAUGGGCGGAGGAAUGGGCGGUAUGCCUGGUAUGGGAAUGGGCGCUAUAGAAAGUUUAACCCCGCCCCGGGACCAAAAACGAGUCCGGGGUCCAGAUACCCCUCCAUCACCUGCAGCCUGCCUCGCCAAUGUGCUGACAACACAUGUGCACCCCUCGCUUUCCGCUUUUGCACACGACAAGUUUUCUCUCCUAACAAAAGAGCUCCACAAGUGA